GUUAAUUUUUUUCUUGCAAACAGAAGAUAAUAUAAUAUUGUUUCGUUGUGAAAGUUCAAAAUGGUGAAACGAAAAUUUGAUGAUAUUGUAAUGCAAGGGCCUGAAACAUCGUCCAUACCUUUGGCUAUCCAAUCAUUUUUAUGGCGACAAACAGAACCCUUCUUUCGACAAAAGCUGGGAAAGCUAUAUGAAGCCUCGUGUGUGCUAUUUGAACAUGUUCUAGUAGAAAACAAAUUAAAUGGACUUCCACCAUCACUAUACGAAGCUGUAACACGAACUCCUAGGCGUGUACUCAUUGAAGCAGCCUUACCACAUGUUAUGCAUUGUGCAUCGGUGAUGCUCAGCAACAGAAACAAAUUGGGCCAUGCGGACAUACUAGGCGUUGCGGCAACCAAACUGCUGCACACAUUUCACAGCAUACUUUAUGAAAGCAUGGACACAGCUCAGGAGGCUAACGACGAUACGGGACUUCGUGCUGGGGUUAUUUCAAAUAUCCAACUUUUCGUAUUUUUAUUUGCUCCUCUCGCCAACACAGUGAAAGAAUCAGAUUUGAAGUUUCGAUUAGCAAGUGGAAUAAAAACAUGGGAAGCCUUGUGGAAUCAUGAAAUACCAGAUAUACGUGCUAUGAAUUCCACGGUCAAACCCACGGUAUGUAACGACAAACAUUCAAGAGGAAAUAGCACGUCAAAAGAAAACGGUGACGAUGGUGAUUCAGAUAAUGAUGUCUUCAUGAUGCCAGCGUCUUCUUGCAACGAGGUUACAGCUUUUGAUGUUGCAGUUUUACGAUGUAUGUUCUUCCCGAGAUGGUCAGAGGAAGGACUGCUCUGGGGAGUGACUUAUCUGUUGAAACGUUUGCUUCCGUCUGAACAUAACAAAGGUGUUUUUCGAAAAAUGUGGCGUCGGAGCAAAUCAGUUUCGACUCCAAAAUACUCAAACAUGGAUAAGCCAGCGACCAAUUUUACUUCAAAAAGAAUGUCUUCCAACGUUCAGUUUACUGCUAUACAUGAAAAAGCUGCCGAACAAACAAAAAGACCCCAAGGGUUUCUUGGUCGUCUACGCUUUAGCGAGAAAAGACGGAAAUCUUCAAAGAAUACAAAUGCACAAGUAUAUGCUAGUCUGGAGUCAUGGAAAGAUUUGUCGCCUGAACACGAGGAAAAAGAAUUCAAGGAACGCAAAUUCUCGUUCAAUCAAAAAAUGAAAAGCUCAUCCGGAAGGAAAAGAUUUAAAAAAUUUUCAUCCAUACAAUUAAAUGCUAUUCCUAAGAACACUGACGAGCCUCCAACCUACGACGCAUUGAUGAAGAGAGAAAACUUUCAACACAAACGGCCAUCGCUUGAAAUGGUUCCUCAUAGCAGACAAUUACAGAGAAUGGAACAUGUAGCCGAAGAAGAUGACGAGAUCGGAAUCUCGGGCGUGUAUCAGGAUGAACCAACAGCUAGCAGCAGUACAUUAGCUGAAAAAUCCGCCGAACCCAAAUGGGGUGAGGAUUCAGCAAGUCACUCUCACCAUAAUGAAAGAGCUGAGAAGCCGCGCUAUUCAAUGUCAAGAAACACUUCCACAAAAGUCAUCGAAUCAGAUCCAGAGUCAAUUCCAAUUAAUCGACGUUGGGCUUCCGAUACGUGUGUCUCAUACAACAAGGUACAAUGUGCCAUAGAUAGUGAAAUUACGUCAUCGUACGUCACAUCUGAAGGAUUCUUUCGGUCUGACGUCAUACUACAAGCUAUCGAAGUCAUGGUAUCGCGGGAUCCAGGGGUCAAGAUAUACGAUGCCUGCCUACAAAUAUUGGAAUGCAUAAUAGAAAAUGUUUAUGUUCAAAAGGUUCCGAAUGAUCGACAAACAAGUUUUGCUAGAUUUCGAAGGCGGCAGUCAAAUAUUAAACUCAAACAUUCUAGACCGACACCAGAAAAGGAUGAUGUGGUACAACUGAUACGAGUGAUGUUGAAAAUCAUACGGGCUAUGGGAUGCGUGAGAAACUGCAGUCGGUGUGGGCACCGUGGAUCAGCGGGAGAAAGAUUACGUCUUAAAGCUAGAAGUCUUUUAGUCAGCAUUUACGAGAAUUAUGAUGAAAUUCUCUGCGACCAUAUUUCGAAUUUAAUAAAAUCUCAAACGAUGAAAGAAUGUGUUGAAUUACUUCAUUUGAUAUUUCCAACCUGCGAAAUCGAGUUUAAUUCUACAAAAGUUCCAGAUUUGAAUGAUAAUUCUGAUUGGAUGAACAAUGCCGAAGAAGAAUCGCCCGAGAGCAAACUGACUAGUGCAAUUGCGAAACGAACCUUUGAAGCAUUCGUGCACAAGUGUUUGGCGGUUCAAGACGAAUUGUACAAUUCUCAUUGCCGAAGUCUCUAUCGAGAUGUAAGGGAAAUAGUUCAGUACAUUAAACACAAGCAUCCACCUAUAUUCAAUAAAUUACUCUUGAAUGUGAUGUUGACUUCGGCGAUAAAAUGGAAAAAAUGGAAAAAAGAAAAAGAACAAAAUGAAGUUCGAAGGCAACAAGACAAAAAUACUGAACCCGUAAACCUAUUGACCCAGCGUUCUGGCAUAAAAAGACGAGGAGCAGUAGUUAUGAACAACAGUCCUCUUUUACCAAGGGCUGCUGCAACAACUUCAAGAUCGAUUCCUACUCUCAGAUCUCGUUUUUCGUCCCUUUGGAACGAAAAUAGUUCUGAUUCGGAGCCAGUCUCGACCAACGGAGGAAAUAACCACCAAGCACCUCGAUCAGGAUCAGUUUUUGGAAAAUUGCCAUUUUCUGCUAACUGGCUCAGGCACAAACACGAUUCAACAAAUUCUCUGGACUUAGACGAAACGAUUUCGGAAACUUGUCAUCCACCUGGUGACAGACAGAAACACGGAUUUAUGAGCAUGAUCAAGGGAAAGCCUGUCAAAAAGCAAAUGUCUGCACCGAAUGAAACACUGCCUGGUGAAGAUCGAUUGCUCGAAGAACCUCGAUUUGGCAGUUUUAAGCAGCAGGAGAUACCGUCGUAUAUGAAGAAUUUUAUUGUCGACGAAAAAGAUAUUUAUGCCGGCCUGAGAAUACUCAGAUUUUUGAUUGAAUCUUGCCCGCCAGGAACGGUCCCAGAACCGAAGAUAUUGGCCGCUGCUCUUGAUCUGGAAUCGCCAGUUGUUUGCCGAGCCGCAUUUUUACUAGAAGUAAUGGUGUUCGUCCAUAGAUGUACUCAUGGCGAUUGGCCAAAAUGGAUGUCAAAUAGCGAUACUGGAAUUCCGAAGAUGUUUGUACGCGCUACUCGCCAUCGUGUUCGAAAUAAUCUUAAACUUCAAGCAACAGCGGGAUAUUUAUUUCAUACAUGGGGAGAUGCGUUGGGAAAGCAGCUAGAAUAUUUAUGUCAAAUGGAGAGUGGUACAACAUUCGUAUUACCGAAUGUACGAAGUGAUGCGGAAAAGAUCAGACUCCGAGAAAAAGAUAUAAGAGAAGAUUUUCUUCUUGACAAUACUGUGAAUCGAUCAGGAUCAGCUUGUCCAGUAGCGUUGAAGAAGAUGGCUGCUCAGUUACUUCAUGAAAUUACUACAUUCGUUCGAGAUGUUGCUCCGCACUGUAAAGCCAUGACAAGAAAGAUUUCAAGCACUCACCUAAGUCGUUCAGAUGAAGAUGAAAGUAUCAAUGCUUUCAUAAGCGAAAGUACUUUUACGCGUAAUUCUGCACUUACACCGAGUAAAAUUUCAAGUUCUGGUGGAAGGAGAAAAAGUAUUUCAUUUCUUGACGAUCCAGAAAAGAAAAAUACUCAGCCACAUUCUCUUCAAGUUUCUGGCAAUCUUGAAAUGAAGCAAACACGCAAAAGUGCUCCCGAAUCCGCAUUGAGGAAUGAACUAAAAAGUAUGCCAUUCCAUAGUCCCAGAUGCCCACCAAGAACAAUUUCAAUGCCCCAAGAUUUUUCUGGCGGAAGGAGGCGGAGUAUCGCAUCUACUGGAACAGCCUUAGAAGACUUGAAUGAAAACAGUCCCCUGAUGUCCAAUUCAUCUAUCAGCAUAUGCGUCGAUUCAGGAAAAACUUUGGAUGAUCUAAAAACUGGAAAAAAGUCUACAAGUCGAGGGGUCUUUUCAAACUAUCUUACAGUACCUUCUGCUUAUGCGGGAUGCCAGUCGACGUCUGGUGCGAGCCAUGGCGGAAUAUCUCCUGGAAGCAGUAUGGUUUCACUCGGUGAUUCUUCCGUUGUUGACGAUGAUCCAUCUAUAUACCUUUCUGCGGUCAGCAUUGCUUCAUCUCAUAUUGAAGGAAGUCGAUCACCUACUAUUUCAAACCAAGAGUCGAGACAGGAAGAAGAGUGGAUCACCAAAAUACCAUGGAUUGGAAUCAUGCUCGCUCUCACCAAUCAACAAAAUUUUGUUUGUGAACAUAAAAAUUUCUGUCAUGCCUACUGUCAUCAAAGAUUGGAGAGAUCUUGCCGUCGACUUGUUCAGGCGCUUUGUAAAGCACUUGACUGCGGUCAAGACCCAGAACAGCAGAUCGAAGUCUAUGGCGGCACGGACAAAUUGAUUUUAAACGGCAGUGAACUUUAUAACGAUUUUGUGUCAAGAUAUCUGAAGACAUAUUGUGCAUCACUGAUGAGCGCUCCACUACUUGUACUAACUAAAUCUGCGGCGCUUUUGAGCGAAGAAAUGUUUUUCGACGUUCACAGUUUUUGUUGGGAAAUGAUAUUGGACGAAAAUAAGGACAUCUCGACUUCUGCAGCUGUACUAUUCCUGUUGUGCGCGGUCAAGUCGCCCCAACAAGUAUUCUCAACGAUCACAAGUGAGUUGACACAUCUUGAUGCCAAUCUGCGACUUGAUGCUAUUCUGAAAUUUCAAAUAUUAUGGAAUUGUAGAUUUUCCGUGUGGCAACGUGCACAGGAUGGAGCUACCAGAAUAUUUAAGCUUACUAAAACUGGCAUGAGUUACACCCUUCCGAAGGAAACAAUAGGAACUGAGUUUCUUCAGGUUCCUGAUGCUCCAUGGCUUCCAUAUGCAGGCAGUACAGAAGAGACUAUCUUAGCCCAAUCCAGUUCGGCACCUGAAAAUUCUGCAUUGCUAACAACCGAUACGACUUCACAUCAAAAAGAAAAACAAUUGAAGAAAGCAAUACGCAGAGAAGAAGAAGCAAGAGCAGCUGCAAGAAAGAAAUUUAAUUUAAUCAAUAUUCCUAUCAUCCGAUUUGUCGCCAUCGAAGUUCAAAAAUCAGCUUUUGUUGCUCAGGAUGAUGAUGAUAACGAAGCACUCGUUGCCAGCCGUCGUUAUUCGCACGCACCAAGUAUUUCAUCUUCAACUUAUUCGGGAAAAGAUGCAAGAUUUGGCGAAUCAUCCAGACCAUCAUCACGUCAGCUUGGUCGGGUAUCCAAACGAGAUGCAGAUGGUGGAGAGUACAAGCAGGAAGAUCAACAAAACAGUCGCGAGAGUUCAGCAGCUAAAGCAAGCGCGGUUUUUCCACCGUGCAUUGCAGCUUGUAUUCCAAUUAUUGUAAACAGUUGUCAGGAUGCAGAACUUUCAAAGAAUAACUUUUCAGUCGGAGAAAUGGCUCAACAGACGAUAGAGUCUUGUCUCAUUGAAGACCCAAGUCUUUUUCUGCGCCACAUGUUUGAGAAGCUUUCAGGAAAAGAUGGCAGUCAGCGACAAAUAUCGAAGUUGUUACAAAAACUACCCUCGUUAUUAGGAGGAUUAUCUCCUCAUGUGGCCUAUACAAUAUUUAUCAACGUGCUUGGAAUCAUGAUGAAGGCCGUUCGUUCACUUUUGCCCGGUUGCGAUGAAAACGUAAUAUCUUGCAUUGGGAUUUUGGCGAGUGUAGCACCAUAUGUCGAAGGACUUGAAUUUAAAGCUUUAAAAAUGGCUUUUAGAAAAGAACAGAUGGAUCUUGAGUUGCUGAUAACCAGCGCGUUGCCGGGACCAAGGAAACUGACUAUAUGGAAUAACAGCGACUACUACAUGCCUUCAUUGGUUGAUGUCAACGAAGAAAGUACGUUUGAGAAUGUUAUAAUUGACGCUAUGCAUCAAAAUGAUAUUCCGGAGUCAGAAAAGCACAAAUACCAGUUGGUUGACAGACGACUAAACAAAGUAAAUUGUCCACAUUCGUACGUACGAGAUUUCUACUCCUUCAACAAGAAGGUUUUUCCAGAGUUGACUUUGGUGCAAAUGGAACCAGAAGUCGCCGACAAACAGAUAAAAGCAAGGGCAAUUCUCACCCAGUUGGAGGAGAUCAACAAGCUGCGAUUCACUUUGAGUGUUCUUCUUCAUAAACGCACACUCGAGGAUAAGCAACUGAAUGCGUCGUUUAUUUUGGAUGAAUUUCUACGACUGAAAUGCUUUCCUAGGAAGGCUAUUCAAGCACCUUUUCAAUUGUUUUCUGGAAAGAUGGGAAGACAAAUAUUUGAUAUUGAUAUGAUGCAAAAAUCUUGGUGGAUACAACUUAUUUCGACUGUCUUCCAUUUCCUGCCGAGUGAAUUUCCGUGGGGUAAAGAACUGUUGCUGUUUCUACAUGUUUGGAAUGCUGCGUUGGUAUUGCACGCUGAACAGACUCCGAUACUUCGUAGAUAUGGAGCAGCCUUGAUAGACGCAGCAGUUCAUAUGAAUCACCAGUUCAUAAAGUUGGGAUAUUCGGUGGUUCUACCUACUAUUUUAGAGAUAUAUAGCGAACAUUUUUGUAUGCCAACGGUGAAAAAAUACAUUGAAUUUCUCUGCAAGCAACUACAUAUCAUUCAUCGACAUCCUUUUGUACUCGAACUCAUUGCCUGUGCAGCACCGAUCCUAACGGAGUUUGCAGACGUUUCCACGAAUGCAAGAAAUCGCAAACAUCUGUCGCCAGAAAAGUUUUUCACACUGCUGCAAUCUCUCGAACGAGAACACGUCGAAGACGAACUUCAAGUUCUUGAAUUAGUCAGAGCAGAACAACCACUGCAAUCUUUGGAUUUUUGUUAUAAAAAUGACAAUUGUUCACUUUCUAUUAUGGACUGCCUAAGACUCUGUGUUACCGUUGUUGCCUUCCAACCGGAAAGUAGUCGUACGUUGGAAAUGCUAAUUGUGUUUGAUCAAAUUCUACCCUGCUAUCUUGAUCAUCUGCAUAAAAGAACUCUGACAACACGAUCAACUUCACAUGAGCUAUCUUCUCUGAAAGAAAUAGUUGUAUGUAUCCGUGCAUUGCUCGUUAGUUUGGAGUGUUUGACAAGAAACCUGGCUCACACCUUGCCUCAACAGCAAACGUCGCACAAAGUUUUCCACAUGGAAGCUGGUGCAAGCGGAGGCCUGCUUCGACAUACGCCAAAAAUGAGAUGUGACAGUGUAAAGGUAAUGGAAGAAGGGAAUCUCAUCGAAUAUUCUCAGGAGAGAUUCCGUGCGUUGGCGGAAGAAUUCCUUGCACCGCGUGAUAUCGUUCUUCAUCUUUGCUCGAAAUAUUUUACACACACAUCGAAAAGACUUCGUCAAUUAGAAGGAUCCACGGCUCAAAGUAUUGAACUGCUGAAUGAAAAAUCGCAUGCUAGACUGGCUGAAAUAGCUCAAUCUCUACUGAAGCUUUUAACCGAGGAAGCAUUUACAAUCAAAUGUCCAGGACUUAUGACUUAUUUAACCGAGAUGAUCCCAGUAGUAGAUUGGACAGAUGAACGUGUUCGAGCGACUUUAUUCCUGAUUUUGAAGCGAUUGGAUAGACUGUUUAUAAAAAUCAACGGGAUGCCGGAGUCAAGUCGACAAAGUUUGAAUUGGAGUGAUUUACGUCUGAUCAUUGAAGGUCUUGGCGAUUUGAUUUCAAAUCAACCGGUGGUUUCUGUCAUUCCUCAUAUCAAAUCUAUUGUUACGAUCAACUUGGCAAUGCUAAUCGGAUCAUCUGCAUUGUUGGAUGGUGAUUGUUCUCCGAAGAAUCCGGGUGUAACAGAAGCGGCUGUUCCACGAACAUACGUACCCGCUGUUCUGAGGUUGACAAUGAUUUACAUGAAUUCAAUGGGAAACACUGUCACACUGGAAGAUUUAGUUCGUCACUUUACUCACGGAAAAAGAGAUUUUGUGAUUUUGAACUUUUUCAUUCCUCUGGCUAUAUAUGCAUCCAGUUUGCAAUCUUGUCCACGUGAUAAAGAAAACUCCGAGCAAUUUUCAGUCAGAGAGGCCGAUGUCAUGUACAUGUUCAAUUAUGCAUUUGAAAUUCUUGCAAAAGAUUCAGCUUCACUCAGUAACAAUAUUUCACAACUGCUGCUGUUCACCUCACCAGUGUCACAUCGAAGAACUAAUUUAUCGCACCAGACAUCACUGUUAUUGGUGAAGGUUCUAAUUACUUGUUUUCGAAAGAAUUUGCAUAGACACUGGUACAAGAUUUCUACGAAGAUAAAAAAGAUUAUUGUCCAAAGAUCAAAUGACAACGAUACUUGGCUUUUUAUGAACUUCAUCAUGUCAAUAAAGACGCCACUCGUUCUGUAUCUCAGAUCUUUCGUCCUAACACAGAUGAUGCAUUUCAAAAUUGAAUGUUCUCAAUUAAAUUCGCUCAAAGAACACCUACAUCUGAUGUUAACAUAUCUACGUUUUAACGAAAUCAAUAUGCCAGCGUUGGCAAUCGAAUACGAGCGAGAUGUCAUUCGACUGAAAGCUGAUAUCACAGCAAAUGCGCCUGGAUCGAAAUCAAAAUCGAUUGAUAAAAGUAUUCGUGAAAGCACUCAUAGAUCUUUUAGACACGCCAUGCUGCCUGGAGGAUUUGGAAGAAAAGCUUCUGACCGAGCUGAUGAAACAAAAACUGGACAAAAACUUACGGGUGAAAAUGACAAGCCAGAACAUGCUUCACCUAUGAAGAGUGCAACAAAUUCUGUCAGUGAAAACACUCCGGCGAAAGAAAUAACUGAAAUAAAACAAAUCGCUGCUGAAUUAAGCGCAGAAACGGCAACACGUGAAGACAAAAACAAAAUUCGAAGAAGAUGGACGCAAAGAGGAACAACAACUCGGGUUAACACUAAAAAAGGCAAAAAGAAAAGACACAGUGUAUCAACAACCCAAUGUACAGCAACGAUAGAGGACCAAGAUACAGAAUCCAAUUCCAAAAUCCAGCUAACUCCAAGAUCGCUUCGAAUUCCUUUCAUUAAGAUUGAAGCUGUUACUUCACCCAUGUUUAAAAGAGCACAAAAGGCUACUUUAGACACGGAUGAUUCAAACGACGAAGUCAAUCCCGAUUUAACAUUCGAGAACGAGAUAUCAGCGACCAAAGGACGAAACGAUCAAACACAAGAACGUAAAAUUUCAACUACCCCAAAUUCAAAUGCAAAAACUAGUGAGGAUGGAGGUUCAAAACAACAGAAGAAAAUAUCUUUGUCAUCUAAAAGUGCCCUAAAUCAACAGACUCGUAAAACGUCUUCGUGUAAAACAGAAGCCAAAAUUAAUUCACCGUUGCGAAGUUUAAAAGCGAGCAAUAUCCAGGUGUGUGUCACAGCACCUACUCCACCAGGACGUAGACGCUCAUCGGCGGGUGAUCAACUCCCUUCAGAGACUUCUAGAAUACAAAGAAGAAUACAUUCCGAGAGUUCAUAUCUUUCACAGACUAGAGGUAGAAAAAUAUCAACAACAACUAAACCAGAUUUAAAUUCUUUAUUACCGGAUUCUCGUCAUGAUGAGAAGGAUAGAAAGAGCAGAGACCGGAAGCUAUCACCACUUUUCGAAGUUUCAGGAACGCAAAAUGAAAAGAUUUCACAAGAUGGAAACAAAAUUUAAACAAAUUUAUCAGUUUACAUCAUGCUACAAUGUCUAAAUUUCACUACGCUUACGUUAUUUAUUUGGUUUGUGUCACCGCACAUGAGUCAUUACGUCAUUUUAAUAAAUAUAUUAUUUGAAUAAACGACGUCAGCCACUCGGUGUUGCCCACGAGUUAUGUAGGAUUUGAUAUUUCACGGUUGCCUGCCAUUCUCGCAUGAAAUGUGUGUGCUAGUCUGAAAAAGACCCCAUUUUUUAAAAGAUUAUAAUAGUACAUUUUACAUGUCUGCCUAAAAUGAUAACAUAAUACGUAGAACACUUGCAUUUCAAAGCAUUUUAAGUUUUCUGGACUUCCUGUUGUCAAUUUGGUACGUAUGAAUCAAAAAGCGAAAAGAACCGUUUCGUCUUUUGAGCAUCUUCGACUCCGCGUUAAAACUUUUUCAAUCAAAAAAUAGGUGAAUCCAUUUUUUACAACUGUAGUUUACUACCCGCCGUUUGGGACUGAUCCAGAAUGAUAAAUGUUGCGAUAGCGCAGAAGUAUUUUACAACUUUGCCUUACUUAGUAUGGAGUCAUUUAGACGUAGACUUUUGGUUUAAGUAUAUAUUAUUCAAUUAGUUACAGCAUUGGCGAUUAAGCGGCUUAAGAUUAGCUUCCGGGAACAAUGUUAGGGUUUUUAUGGUGUGAAACGCAAAAAUGAACAUAUAUGAGUAUGUAACUGUGGUUUCUCAUAUUGAGAACUUUUUGUAGAAGUAAAACGCAUGCAAUUUAAUGGCGGUAGAUUAAUAGUAUCUAAUGUAACAGUUUAGACACAUGAUUAAAGGGAUAACACAGUGAUUUGUGUAAGGCGCGUUCCAGCUUUUUGUUUUCAGUCGAAAAGUUUCUUUUUAUUGAAAAACACAAAGAGGCAUUCAUUCGCUACCUGUAUUCUACUUUGAUAUCGACAAGAUUCUGUAACAAUCUCGAUAAACAAUGCGGGUGAUCGUUUGAUCAGGAAAUUUAACACCGAUCGCCCAGAUCCCCCACAAUUUGAUACAAUGUUUCUCUCGGUGAAUUAGAAAACCUCUAGCAUACAUUUUACCUACUGGUACACGGAUAAUUUGUCCGACUAUGGUGUUUAUACUGUACACUUAUACAACAAUUGCCUUCAUUUUUUUCAUUGUGAAUUUGGAAUCCCACGUUAGUAUCAGUAGAAGCGAAAACGACAUUUUGCGCGUAACUUCGCGGAUUGUUACGGCAACCGUUUCCGUGUGACACCGACGACC